AGGGAUGGCUCCUCGGGGACAUUGUGCUGUGGGGAGGGGCACAGGGUCGCCCUGUGGGGCGGUUGGGAGAGCGCAGUGUCUCAGGAGUGCCCUGCUCUGCCUCCCUGCUUGGGAAUGCUGUCAGGACAAGCCUCCUGCCUGAGGCCCCAGUCCCCCGCGCCCUCAGCUCCUGGGACCGGCCCCUCCUUGGGACCCCAGCCCCCUGUCUGGGAUGCUCACUGAACUUUCCCCAGGCUCCUCCUGCACAGGCUGGCACCAAGGCCCCAUACAUCAUCCUGUCCGUCCUGGGUGGCUGCUUGCUAUCUUUCCUGUGUAGCAUUGGCAUGGGGGUCCAGGGACACCCACUCCUUGCCCACAGGGCUCACAGCCCACCCUGUGGGGAGUGCAACACGGUCCCUGGGCCCUCAGGGGCUCCAUCAAGAUAUGCUGUGUGCUGGGGCACGGCAGACCAUGGCAGAUCCGUUUGCUGCCAAGUCCCCAGUUACCACAUUAGGCGGACCCGUCCUUGCAUUCCCCUGGCCUCAUCCUCCCCUUCUUGCCGUCUGUGGCUGGAGCAGCAUCGCUGUGUCUUGGAACAAAUGGCCGAGUGGCAGGUGGCAGAAGCAGAAGCACUGGUCCACACCCUGGAUGGCUGGUCGGUGGUGGACAGGAUGGUGGUGCCCACCAAAACACCCGAGGGAAAGCUCAUCUUCGGCAAAGGGACUUUGGAGCACCUGACAGAGAAAAUCAGAGGGUCGCCAGAAAUCACGGCGGUCUUUCUGAACGUGGAGAGGCUGGCCACGCCUACCAAGAAGGAACUAGAAGCCAGCUGGGGCGUGCCGGUGUUCGACCGAUUCACGGUGGUCCUUCACAUUUUCCGCUGCAACGCCCGGACGAAGGAGGCGCGGCUGCAGGUGGCACUGGCCGAGCUGCCCCUUCUCAGGUCCCACCUGAAAAGCAGCCCUGCCCGCCCGGAUGGACAAGGACGGGGCUCACGCUAUAUCAUGGGGUCAGACAAACUGAGAUAUGUAGGCCGUCUCCGGUGGCAGCUGGAACAAAGGACCACAAACCGGGGGCUUAAAAACCACAGGAAUCUAUCCUCCCAGCUUCGGAGAGCAGAGUCUGAGAUCCAGGUGCAGCAGCGCCUUUUGAAGGAAAAGGAAAUGAAGAUCCGGAAGGCCCUGGAGAGACUGAGGCAGAAACGGCGUCUCCUGGGGAGGCAGCGGAGGCGGCAGGAGUUCCCGGUGAUCGCCGUGGUGGGGUACACCAACUGCGGAAAAACCACGCUGAUUAAGGCCCUGACCGGCGACGACGCUGUCCAGCCCCGGGAUCAGCUGUUUGCAACACUGGACGUCACAGCUCAUGCUGGGUGGCUGCCCUCCCGCAUGGCUGUCAUUUACAUGGACACCAUCGGCUUCCUCUCCCAGCUGCCCCACAGCCUGAUCGAGUCCUUCUCUGCCACCCUGGAAGACGUGGCUCAUUCAGAUCUGAUCGUGCACGUGAGGGACGUGACCCACCCUGAGACAGAGCUGCAGAAAGCCAGUGUCCUGUCCAGCCUGCACGGCCUGCGCCUGCCCGCCCCCCUCCUGGACUCCAUGCUAGAAGUGCACAACAAGACGGACCUGGUGCCCGGGUAUAGCCCGGCGGAACCCCAGGCUGUGGCCGUGUCCGCCCUCCUGGGGCACGGGCUCCCAGAGCUGAAGGCGCGGCUGGAGGACGCCGUCCUGAGAGCCACGGGGAGACAGGUCCUCACCCUGCGGGUCCGGCUGGCAGGCGCACAGCUGAGCUGGCUGCAUCGGGAGGCCGCCGUGCAGGACGUGGACGUGAUUCCCGAGGCUGGAGCGGCCGACGUCACCGUUGUCAUCAGCAAGUCCGCCUACGGCAAGUUCAGGAAGCUCUUCCCCGAGUGAAUGGACGUCGUGUCCGCCGCCAUCUCUGGCCCUCCUGCCUGCGCCCUCCGUGGCCGCUCCGGGAGGAAGGGCCGCCGGCCGGAACGCGAAGGCCGGCUUGCCAGCGGACCGAGCGGCUCCUGCUGACGGAUGGCGCGUGCCUCGUGAGAGCAGACGAGCCUCCCGCAGGGUUCCGGCCGCAGGACACGGUCUCUCUGCUGCUUCCACGCAGGAGGACGUCCCGCCCGUGGCGGCCGUGAGGGGCCGGUGGUGGCUUCCCUGUCCGCCGUGUGUCGCAGACUCCGCUGCCAGGCCUCGCUGCUCCCCGCCGAGCGCCCUGGACGUCCUGACGGCCUCCCGGCGGCCCGGAAGCCUCUUGGCACGGGUCGUGGGAAAACACGGCGAGUCCUUGAAUCAUCACGGAACGGGGGUGCUCCGCGCUUACCCGCAGCCGGCUGGGACGGGGCAAGGCUGGAGGGACCAUGCCUUUUCCACAGCCGGUCAGGGACUGGGGCUGUCGUCACCAAAGGUCCCGGGACAUAGGACAGGACGCAGGUCGCUCUGCUGAGAGAGAUGUCCGCAGACCUUGCAGGAGCCCCGAGCCCGGUGCUGUUCCCCGUUCUCUGGAGGGAACGGUGACGUGAGCGGCCACCCUGUCACCGCCCGGGACGCUGUCUUGCUGGGUUUCCCCUUUGAUGCGUGUUCACCCUUACAGCGGUGUUGUGGGAGUGAUUCCGGAUUUCGGAACUCAGGGAUUAAGGAAAAAACACCUGUAGCCUGCCUGGGGGUCUGCAGGGUGGGGGAGGGCUUUCCUACGGACAGGGGAGCGUUCUCCUCACUCAGGCGUGAGAUGAGAAGAGGCUUGGGGAAGCGGGUCGCCGCAGUGCUGGCGUGGAAGACGGAGGGGCUGCCGGCAAUCGGGGACAGCAGGGAGCACGGGGAGCUUGGGAGCUGGGUUCCCACCCGGAGGUCCCAGCCCCUGACGUGGGCCCCGUGAGACCCACGUCAACGUGCUGGCUCGCGAAACCGUUAGGAGAAUACAUGUGUGUGCUCUGAAGUCA